AUGUAUCAAACUGUACGUUCAACGAGAAUAACCCCUGAUCAAAUGCAAGAAAUUUCAGAAGCAUUUUCUCUUUUUGACAGCGACAAAGAUAAUCAGCUCAAUCCAUCAGAAUUCGAAGCAGCUCUACUUGUUCUUGGUAUUGAUAUCAAGCGUAAAGACUACGGAGACAUUCUUAAAGGCUUUAAUCUAGAGUUGGCAGAGAAAAUCUCGUUCAAGGACUUUUUCGGGAUCGCUAAAUUUUGUCUUGAAUCUAAAGGUCCUUUUACCCGUUCUGUACGGGCUUUCAAGUCAUUUGACGAGGAGUAUUCGGGUAAGAUCACCUUCCAAGAACUCAGAAAAGUCACCAGGUAA